UCAGAGCCAGAGAUGGCCUCCCUGUGGCACAGGGUUGGGGGAGAGAUGGACACUGAGGCCAAAGUGAAGGGACGUGCCCAGCAUCGCACCGGUCUCCUGCCCCCAGCUCGGGGCUCCUUCACUCCUAGGCCUAUUGCCCAAUCCUCCUUGCCUCUUAGUCACUGGUAUUUUGGACUGUUGGCUAACACCUGGUGCCUAGCAAAGGAAGAGAGAGGCCCCUUUCAGGAAGGCCUCAGCCCCCGCAUGUCACCAGGAGGCCUUGGGCAAGGCUGUGUGAUUACCACCUAAAAGGGGCCGCAAGUGGGCAAGGCUGUGUGAUUACCACCUAAAAGGGGCCGCAAGUGGCAGAGGAUCCGAGAAGGGACAAUGACAGGGGCUUGGAAGGCACUGGUGCUGCUGGCAGGCUUGGCAGCCGUGGCCUGUGUGGCCCAGCGUGGUCUGAGCUAUGAAGAGAUCGUCACCCAGGCCCUGAAGUUCUUCAACCAGGGGCGGCGAGGACAGCGCAUCUUUGGCCUGCUGGAAAGCACCCCGCCGCCACCUGAUUUGAACUCCACCACGAUCCCGCUCAACUUCAGGAUUAAAGAGACUGUGUGCUUCCUGCUCUGGUACCGCCGAAGGCCCCGACAGUGUCCUUUCAGGGAGGGCGGGGAGGAGCUGAACUGCACCGGCUCCUUCUUCAUGCUGCGGCAACUCCGCCUCCUGUCGCUCAACUGCGUGCCGGACCGUGAGCUGGAGCCAGAGCCCCGCCGCCGGGAGAGGCGCUCUGCUGGGUCCUCUGGGGAAGACCCUCCAGAACUUGACAGCUCCAAUCUGCCACCUGCGGUCAGGGACCUGUAUGAUAGAGCCAAGUACGACAUUAUCUCCAACAUCCUGAGGAAUUUCUAGGGCUGGAGAAGGGAAGGGAUGCCCUGCAAGCCCACAGCGACCUGCGAUUCCCACCCAUUCUCUGCCUCUGCUGCCCUUAGCACUCCCUGGCCUGCAAAU